CAUAAGAUUGAUCACCGGUGUUAGAAAUGUUUUGAUGGGCGCAGUCGUACUAAUUGAUUAUUUGCAGGGCGGUGUGUGCUUCUUAAGUCAUGUUAAAAUUCACAAUCGUGCGACAAAUUCUCAUGACGUCAAAGGAAAUGUUAUACGUUAAGACACCGAAGCAAACACCGGAUAUGAUGAUAUGAGCUCACUUAUAACUUAUAGUGUACUUUUCAAGUGGAAAAAACUGCUCCGAAUUUCACGGUUUCUCUGUUUAGUGAAUAUGAUCCUCAAUGCAUCAUUGAUUGUGUUAUCAUACCUUGCACAGCAGCUGUUGUAUCUUGAAAUGGGGUUCAUGAAUGCCAGCCGUUUAUGACUCAGCAUUAUGUUUUUAUCGACCUUAAGGCUUUGUUUACUGCAUGACCUGUGGAAUGGCUAGAUCCUACUGAGACUGGUGUCAGACCACGCAAGACACCAUGUCUCGACACCGCAAUGUGCGUGGAAUGAACUACGACGAUGAAUACGACGGCUACUAUGACGUGUACGGCCACAGCGUGGACGACGAGUACACCAUGUCGCCGUCGUCCGUAGAGCGCGAGUUCACGUUCGACCGCAGCCGACAGCACAACAUGGACGCUUUCCUGCUGCACGACACCACCAUCGCCGAGGAAGGCGAGGAGAGCGCCGGCCACCCGGCGGCCGGCCGCCAAGACUCGACCGGCCCCCUGAUCCCCGAGCAGUUGGGGGACGAGCAGCGCGCGCGCCUCCUCUCCUGUCUGGACGCCGUGCGGGACGUGGUGGGCGAGACGGUCUCGGAUCACACCAUCGUGCGGGCCGUGCUGCAGCACGACUACAGCUGCGCCCGCGCGCUGGACGCCAUCCUGGCCGGCGCCGUAGCCGGCAUGCCCGGAUCAGGCUCGUCCCGGCUCUCCAGGCGCGAUUCUCUGGAAAGUCCGCCGACGGCUCGUGCCGUGGCCGAGGCCCGGCCAAGCUGCACCGAGCCGAGCCCAGACACCGCCGCCACCGCAUCAGCGAUGUUCCGGCCAGUGAAGGCAGCUGAGGUCAACUGUCGGCCCGCCCCCGCCGCCCGUGUCAUCAUUGGCUUCCAGGAGCAGCCGGCUGGGUCAGAGAAGGAGACGCCGCCAGCCGCCGCGUCGGCGCCGGCGCUCCCGGCGGAAGUGCGUGAGCUGCGCGGCGCCGCCAGCCGCUCCGGCUCCAGCUCGCCUCUCUCGUCCCGCCGCCAGUCGCCCGCGCAGUCGGCCGGCGCCGAUACCGCCUCGCCGCGCACCCCCGCCUCGACUCGGGACGCCCAGGCCGAGUACGACAAGGAGCGGGCGGGCGGCAAACAGCUGAUCAACAUGGUGGUCAUCGGUCACGUGGACGCCGGCAAAUCUACUUUGAUGGGCCAUCUGCUCUGUCAACUGGGCUGUGUUAAUAAGAAGGCCAUGCAUAAAUAUGAAACCGAGAGCAAGAAGAUGGGCAAGCAGUCUUUCAAGUUCGCCUGGGUGCUAGACGAAACUGGCGAAGAGAGAGCACGCGGCAUCACCAUGGAUGUGGCCCACUUCAAGUUCGAGACGCCGCAGAAGACGGUGACGCUGCUGGACGCGCCCGGCCACAAGGACUUUAUUCCGAACAUGAUCACAGGGGCCGCCGCCGCCGACGUAGCCGUGCUGGUGGUGAACGCCACCAACGGCGAGUUUGAGACGGGCUUCGAAUCGGGCGGCCAGACCCGCGAGCACGCCAUCCUGGUCCGCUCGCUGGGGGUCAGUCAGCUGGCGAUCGCCGUCAACAAGCUGGACACGGUCGACUGGUCUCAGGCGCGCUUUGACGACAUUCGGACGCGGCUGGGCGCCUUUUUGCGCUCGGUCGGCUUCCGCGAGUCCGAGCUGCGCUACGUGCCCUGCUCCGGCCUGACCGGCGAGAACCUGACGCAGCCGGCGCAGGAGCCGCAGCUGCAGGCCUGGUACAGCGGCCCCACCCUGCUGCAGGUGAUAGACGGCUUCCCAGCGCCGAAGCGGGCCGUCUCCAUGCCGCUGCGCCUGUUCGUCUCGGACGUGUUCAAGGGCCAGCAGCAGUCGGGCCUGAGCAUGGCUGGCCGCAUCGACUCCGGCAUGAUGCAGCUGGGGGACCGCGUGCUGGUCAUGCCGCACGGCGACACGGCCACUGUCAAGGGGCUGGCAAUCGACGAGAUGCCUGUGCAGUCGGCGUUCGCCGGCGACCACGUGACUGUGACGCUGUCCAGCGUCGACGCCCAAAGCCAAACAGUGGGCGUGGUGCUCUGUGACCCGGCCCGGCCGGUGCGCGUGGCCACCAGCGUGCAGGCACGCAUCGUCAUCUUCAGUAUCGAUCUGCCAAUCACCAAGGGCUACCAGGUGGUGGUACACUACCAGUCGCUGAGCGAGCCGGCUACCGUGUCCCGGCUACUCUGUCAGCUGCACCGCUCCUCCGGGGAGGUGCUGAAGCGGCGGCCGCGCUGCCUGCCGGGUAACACCAGCGCCGACGUCGUCAUCACCUUCCAGCGGCCCGUCUGUGUCGAGCUCUACAAGGAUUUCCGGGAGUAUGGCCGACUCAUGCUGCGGGUGGCCGGGCACACGGUGGCAGCUGGACUCGUCACCGAGGUCAGCAGUGGCAAUGGCGCCACCUGUGGUUCACUCUCCCGCUCCAGUAACGUGUGUAGCGUUGUCGGGAUGUCGGCUAGGUAGCUCCCCAGCGGUUAUGAAGCGCCGGGCCGCUGCGUAGGAAGAGCCUGUACUGAAGUUACACUGUUCGCCACGUUCAGUACCUCCCGCCGCGCUGGCCCGCUGUGCCGAAAGACGCUACGCUCUGGCGUGCUAUGCUCGAAGUGUGACGUCGAUCCAGUGGAUGGCAUCAUCUGACGGCGUCCCCACCCUGCCCGUCGCUCAGCUGACCGCCGUCCGUGUUUCAGGUUAAGUGACAAACGCCUCUAGUACGAGCCGCCAGCGCGGCGGAAUGGGAGCGGCGGCCUAUUUAUAUUAUUUGCGGUCAGCGUGCCUGAGGUGAUCCUGGUGUCGUCUGUUUUGCAAUGGACUUGGGUGGGGCCUGGCCUCGUUAGCUAAAUAUUGUCUUACAAUAUACACCUCAAAGCUUUUA